CAAGCUCCAAAUGGUCUAAAGCACUACAAAGAAAUGCUACAAAAAGUAUACCAUCAUCUUCCCGUAAAUAAAACAAGAUUGAAAGCGCGCGAGCCGGAGGCUGAGAUGGAGCAAUCGAGGAUGGAGAACAAGGAAACCGUCGGAUUAGGCUUGUCGGCGAAGGAGGCUUUCGAGAAGCUUGAGAAAGUGGGAGAAGGAUCUUACGGGAAAGUUUACAGAGCGAGAGAGAGGGCGACUGGGAGGAUAGUGGCUCUGAAGAAGACCAAGCUUCCGCAGGACAAAGAAGGUGUCCCUCCCACCACUCUCCGCGAGAUUUCUCUCUUGCGAAUGCUCUCCAGAGAUUCGCAUAUCGUCAAAUUGAUCGAUGUCAAACAAGCACUAAAUAGGGAAGGAAAGACGAAUCUCUAUUUGGUGUUUGAGUACAUGGAUAUGGACCUCUAUAAAUUUAUCCGCAGCUUCAGUAAGACUGGAGAAAAUAUCCCUCCCAAAACUGUUAAGAGUUUGCUUUACCAGCUUUGCAAGGGAGUUGCUUUUUGCCAUGGACAUGGUGUUUUGCACAGAGACCUGAAGCCCCAGAAUCUUUUGAUGGACUGUAAGACAUCAAUGCUUAAAAUUGCCGAUCUUGGACUUGCCCGAGGCUUCACUUUGCCUAUCAAGAAGUACACGCAGAAGAUAUCGACCCUUUGGUACAAGGCUCCUGAGGUUCUUCUGGGUGCUAGUCAUUACUCCACAGCUUUGGACAUGUGGUCUGUUGGUUGCAUAUUUGGGGAGCUAAUAACACAGCACGCUCUCUUCGCUGGAGAUUCUGAGUUGCGACAGCUGCUGGACAUUUUCAGAUUGUUCGGUACACCAAAUGAAGAUGUAUGGCCAGGAGUGAGCCAGUUGAUGAACUGGCAUGAAUAUCCACAAUGGAAACCCCAACCACUUUCAUCUGUUGUCCCCAAUCUGGAUGAAGACGGCCUUAACUUGCUAGCUGAGAUGCUGCAUUAUGAACCAUCAAGAAGGAUUUCUGCAAAGAAAGCUAUGGAACAUCCAUAUUUUGACGAUCUAGACAACAAGUCGGGUCUUUAGGGUUAAACAACAAGCAUGUUAAGUGUUCUACUAGAGAAGAAAAUAGUAAGAAACUAGUUAAGCAUCCAUUAAUUUUGUCUUAUGAGCCCUGUAAAACAUCAAAAUUGCUCAUGCAUAUUGUGUAAGUAAAGUUUGUCAAUAAAUUGUGGUGUUUAGAAUAGAAUUGUUUUGAGCAACUCAAAUUUAAAAGUGCGAAUAAGAAUCUGCCAGUGAGUAAACAUGGUUGUACUACUGAAUAUUUAAUUGUCUAGUGGGUAUACUAAAAACUUAGGACUAAGGUU